GCUACUCUACGUUUUCUUCGCAGCUGCUAAUAAAGACAGGGCUACAUUACUGCUGGUGAUAGGGUACAUCAAUUAACAGUUUGCAGAGAUCAGACAUACCGGCCUCGAAAAUAGAACCGCGAAAACAAUGUGGGCUUGACUCACAGAGAUUCCGCGCAAACUCGUCCUCUGGUAGCCUACGUAGUCGUGACACACCUGGCUAGGACACACUUAGCUGGCGCAAGCAGUCCGACAUCAUUUCUGUCAAUCCACCAAYUUCAAGAAACCUCGCAGAUGUGUCCGAAAAUAUUCACGAUCCUCUAUUCAACUUGAAUUUUAACAUGAUUUGAUUACAUAUUACACGCGCAAUGACUGUUCCAUGGAGUUUGCUAACGAUUCUGAGUUUGGUGUAUCACACGGAAUCGAGGUGUUCGCCGACUACUUAUUAUAAAAACUGUUGGAUUCGUCAAUACCCUGGUAUAUUCAUCGACAUUGAGGAAUCUCAGAGAAGAGGCGCUCAACUUCUGAAGUAUUACCAAGAAGAGACAGCUCUGAAAUGCAGCCGAACCUGUUGCCUUACGAGAAAUUUUUCUUGUAACCUGGCGAUAUUCCACUAUGACACCAUCCAAGAGAACGUGAACUGUUUUCAUAUGCACUGUCCAACAUUGGAGAGCUGUAUCCUAAGCUACAGAGGCAACGUCAUCCUGUACAACAUCACCAAAGGUGUGGAUCCAGACCUGUUGGUAUUUGGAAAGUACUUCACCUCCAACGUGCGGGUGUUACCCCACCUCUACACCAGAGUCAACGCCUCAGAGCCUCUAGCCUCAGACAAGCGCCAGUUCAACCGGCCACCCGUCCCCCCUGUCCAGCCUCUAACCAUAGCACCUACUACCAGGAUCCCCACCACCACCACCACCACUGCACCCCAGAGCCCUACUCUGGGCACUACUCAUUCCCCCGUCACACCCACCCCCUCCUCUACCAUAAUGCCCACCCUGGGAACCCAGGCCCCCACCACCACUCCCCCSACCCCCACCAUGACUGCCCCUGCCCCCUACACCACCCAGACCAUCCCUGCCUAUCCAUCAACCCACAGAGAAUCAACUACCACCCCACAUCCCACCACACCUACCCAGCAGCCCAGAUCCACAGCCAGGAUGGCCACCACCACCAGUCCCACCAGCCCACCGACCUCCCUGGCUCCUGCAGCCAACGUGGAUGGCAGUAACAAGCAGGACCUCAACGACACCAAGGGCUACGUGGGCAGGAACCAAACAGCGGCCGCAGGGGGAGAAGGCGACCAGGGUAGCCAGGGCGGGGUGGAGUCCCCCUCACCCGGUGGUUUGGGCCCAGGGUGGCACGUAGCGGCACACACCCUGCUGGUUGCCGCGGUGGCGGUCGUCACGGUGCUGCUGAGCUGCUGCUGUUCCGUGCUGCUAGUGGUGAGCUGGAGGGGUCGGAGGAAGAGGAAGGGGCGGUACAGGACCACCUGGAGGGGGAAAGGGGGGUCCAUGCGCCUCAUUAAGUAUGCCAUUGUCAGGGAGAGCUCGUGA